UCCGCUCAGAUGAAUCGGAAGACGCAGAAACAGCAUGUCAGACACCGAAGAAACGUCGCGUCGCCAACAAUCAAUUACUCACACCUAAAACUCCAACGACGGCUCCUAGUGAUAGGGGUUUCACGAGCCCUGUCUCAGAAGCAACUUCUUGUUAUUUAACUCCCAAGAGUACUCGUACCGUUGACUUACUGAAGAAACCUUCGGGUUCUUCACCCGAGAUCAUUGGUGAAGCAAAAUCACUUUUUCGACUGUCCACUGUUCCUACAAAGCUCGUGGGUCGUAAUAGUGAGCGUGAAGCUAUUACGAAAUUUUUGAGGAACAAUAUUAUUGGAGGAACACCGGGAAGCCUUUACAUAACUGGCGCUCCCGGAACUGGUAAAACGGCGUUAGUCAACGAAGUUUGGAAUGGCAUGAAAAAUACCAUCAAAAAUGAAACGAAAUGUUCUAUUGAAUUUAUUAUGAUUAACUGUAUGAAUGUCGAUGAUCCAAAAAGGAUUUUCGCGAAAUUGUUGGAAAACUCGGGCCGCAAUGCCGUAAAGAAUGCCGAGGAAACCGCCUCCGAGAUUGUGGACAUAGUCAAAGAUCGCAUAACUGUAGCACAAAGUGAUAGCGCCUCAUCUUUUAUGUCGUCACAAGAUUCGGAUGUGUCAUUAAUAGAAGAUCAAGCGAUUGAGUUGUGUGCAAGAAGAGUUGCAUCUAGUAAUGGAGAUUGUAGAAAGGCAUUAGACGUUUUUAGAAAAGCUAUGGAACUAGUAGAAACUGAAAUGGAAAAUUCCGAGUUACGCACUCGAUAUCAACGACUCUGUCGUAAGGAUAAUCUCAUUAUCCCAUCUGUUUCCAGUGAAUUUCAUAUUCUGGUGGAAAGACUCGAUAAAACUGGGUUAAUAAAAGUACGUCGUUAUAAGUCAACAGCAACCCGUAUAAUCCAACUGUUGGUUGAAGAUCACGAUUUUAUGGUGGUGGCGAAGGAUCAUCCAGUUUUGCGUAGCGUAAAAUUUUGA